GCACAAAUCAUCUUGUGUUUCUCAGAGCCCACAGACGAGGAGCUGGUGGCAUGUGCAUCAGAGCUGGAUGUACCAGGUAUUAAAUGUGUAUAACCUAUGCUAAACAUGACCUGACAAAUUCCCUGACAUAAAUCUGUGUAUAUGUUACUAUAUAAAGAAGGAUGGUGAAGGAUUUAAGAUACAAAUCCUAAAUGGAUUGCUGAAUAUUAGCCUGCUUGUAGUUUUGCUUUAGUGCACCUGCCUUGUCUGUCUGUCUUGCAUUUGUAGACUAGUGGCAUAGAGGUAUUAGGUUGCCUUAAACACGAACAUACACUGACCGACAUUAUCUCUGUUGCGAGCUAGAAGAACCAUCUCCCAAGGGAGCAGCACGAGUGGCUUGGCCAUGCCAUGUUUAGGAGAGGUAAGGCAUGGAAGGCUGUUCUUACAGACAGCCUACAAAUGUGUUGGUAUCCUCCACCACCACACUCCGUCCAUCAUCAGCACUCAUCUUCACCUGAAGCCUUCUUCACCCGACCUUUCGGUCUUUGGAUGCCCUACCGCAUGUGGGGCUUCAAGAUCUUGUGCAUGGAACCGGACUGCAAAUGGGCUGGUCAGCGGCUAACAUCGUGCAACCUGUACAAGACAGCCAGGAAGGUGCUGGACUUAGACGGCUGGUACUACAUGGCCACGAAAUACCUUGAAUGCCAUCGUUGUUGGACGAAGGUGGCAGCAUGGUUACAUGACAUUCUGGAGCAACUGGACCCUGCCAUCGUUCUAGGUUUCCUGCCAUUUCCUACCAUGUACAGGUAGGAAAGAAAUAUAAUAUAAGACGUGUUUAUCGUAAUCAUUUGGUAAAAUGCUAACUAAUGCAUGAGAAGUUCUUGUGGACUUCUGAUUUUUACUAAAAAGUGACGGUGCCAGACUGUGUCUGUGAAAAAAGGGGUUAAAUGGGGGCUUAAUAAGGACGUAAGUGUUUGACACUUCUCCCUCCCUUUGUUCUCUGGAAUGCUUGCGUAGUGCCUUUUGAAAUGCGUGUGCUCGUUAGCCUCUUUUGUUCACUGUGCCUGUUACCUCCUCCCCCCCCUUCUCCAAGUUGUUCUAGUGUCGUUAACCCCCUUUGUUCCCCCUACCUGUCACCUCUUUCCUCCAUAUUUUCCUGUGACAUCAAGGUGGUCCGGCUGAUUAGACAGAGGUCCCUUGGCAACAGCGUCUCCAUGCUUUACCUGCAGCUGAGAGAGCAGCACAGUGAGGCCUGGAUGACAAGAACUCUGCAGUAUCUUGCAGAGUGUAAAAAGUUCCAGGUCCCAGGUGCUGCGGUUAAGCAUGUGGCGGAUCCACCGGCGAUGUUGCCUAUCCCCUCCCCUCACUGGCUCCUCACGGUCCACGCUGAGGAUGUCCGUACGCGGAUCGGUGAAAUGAAGGCCAGGGUGAACUCCAUCUUUGCAUCCAUUUUAAAAAUGGAUUCAACAAAGAAGGUUACCAAGAAGCUGGCUGGAGUUGCAGGUGGGACAGCAGCCUGGGUCACAAACGUAGGUAAUGAGCAUGGGCAGGUGCUCAUGUCCGUGCUUACUGCUUGUAAAGGUACCGGGCUGCUACCCAUGGUAACGGGAAUUUCAAAAGAGAUGCAGGAGUCCCUCCGCCUAAGCCCCUGUACAUGGACAGGGACUGCUGCUCUGGAGCUGGAAUGUCCAGGACUGCGGCAAUGUUCAGCGACUGGGGGGAGCUGGUCAUCAGGCUGGAUGUGUGGCACCUGAUGCGAAGAUUCGCAAUAGGCGUCACCACUGACAGUCACCAGCUGUACGGCCUCUUCAUGGCAAAGCUCUCCGGCUGCAUUUUCAAGUGGGAUGCAGAGGAUGUGGCUCGUCUGCGGGAGGCUGUUCAGUCGGAGUUGGAGCAGAAGCAGGGUGUCGUGGGUCUGACGGAGGACAAGCUCAACCAUCAUCUGACUGCGAAGAUGCUUGCUCGACACUGUCGCCGCCACACACGUGGUGCAGAGGAGACAGAGGAGCUCAUCGGUCAGCUGCUGGCUGCGUUUAGUGAUGUCAGGGACACGAUGGGCAUCCCCCUGCUGAAUGCUGAACGGAUGGGCGCUAUUUGGGACACACAGCGUCAGCACAUGCGUUGCAUCCAGGAUCCUCCAGGACUCCAGCUCUACCACAAGACUGGGCAAGUGACCAAGGGAGGAGUCAUCCUUCCUGUCUACCGCUGUGCACGGGGCUCCGCCUGCCUGGAGUCGUUUCAUUACAACCUCAACAACUUCAUUCCUGGAACCUCUGCAAAUGCAGAGAACUUCCAGGCAUACCUCCUAGAAGGGUUGGUGAGGUAGAAUGAGAACUGUGCCACAGCGAUAGACAAGGUGGAGCCUGUGCUGCGCUGCUACAGUGGCCAGAUGCAGCACAGCCUUAACCAGCUCAGCCAACAGCUGCUUGGCCGGAGCCUGGUUAUGGAUUGCACAAAGCCUAGAGAGUACAUGGGGAGCUGAUCGGUGUGGAGUACCUCUACUGAAGUGCAAGGAGUUGAGGGAAGACAUCGGUCGUGACUCUGACUCUCCAGAUGGCACCCCAGACAGUGCUCCAGACUGGCAGGAUGAGGGGUUCCAAAAGUACGGUUGGACCUCUUUCUGUUGCAGAGUUCCCCCACAGCCUGUUUUCCUUCGACACUUUGGCAGGAACAGAAGCAGCUGAACCUCAAGUGCCAGAAGACACCUCUGCAGAUCCUGUCCUGUCCUCACCAGCAACGUCAGGGGUGGACGAUGCUGUAAGAACGUUUCACAGCAAACAUAAUAAAAAACAAACUUAGCACAAUAUUGGAAUUUUUGCUUACCCGGUUCAUCUUUCUUUUCCUGUUUUGUUUUUCCUUGCCUCAGGUGUUCAGAUAGCCCGAUGGAGCUCCUGGGUAUGACUGUGUGGUCUGGCUGGCCAGGUACUUGGUGAGCAUACAGGUGGAGGACUGGAUUUCUGAACAGCAUGUUACAGAAAUUACAGCCCUCUGGAACAGUUUGUCUGAAACUGACCAGCAUCAUGUCUCGUAUUUGCCAAGAUACAAAGAGUGUCUCGUUCAGGGUCGAUUUAAGGCCAGCCACACAAAGACCUCAGUUUGUAGUGGGACAGAAAGGUUGAAGCGGUAAGGUUUUUUUUUUCUUCUUUACACACAUUUUUCUAUGCACAUUUUUCUUUUAUUGCCAAAUUCUAAUUUGUCUGUUUCACAUAUUUUAUGCAGCUCUUUGCUGGGCCAAGGCACAGGGCCUACGCAGUGGCCACAUGCAAGCUGUCUUGUGGAGGCCGUCUGCUUGGGAGCUGUGCGCAAAUAACCCCGGGGGUGUCAUCCUGUGGGAAUACAGCAGGAUAAAGAGGCUGGUUGUGAGCAAUCCAGGGCUCAUGGAAGCAACAGAAUUUUAACUUUUUGAGCUAAACCAGCGGACACUCUCUGUGGCAAGUAAGGUUCUUAAGUUGACGUUAAUAAUGUUGGUGAUGCACAGUGUUGAAUGCUGAAUAAGUGUAUCAUACUGACAUGAUUUGUUUUGAUAGGUACAACAACUGGCAGAAGAAGCAGGAGCUGACAGUGUUGUCAAAGCGGAUUCCUCUUCCACGCCCCAGCCUGAGCCCAGACAGGUUCCUGACAAAACUGAACACUCAAGGCUUUUGGUCUUCCCAUCACCUCUGGAUCUGUCUGGACAGGCUGUGCAGCGAGGACCGCCUUCUGCCACACAUCCACCCUGCUACACCACUACACCUUUGCCACCUCAGCCUGCUAUUUCCACUCCUUCUGCACUUCUGCUUCCUAAUCCCACCUCUUUCGUACAACCUGCACCUAUGCUGCCACAGCCUGCCUUCUCCACACCAUCUGCUCAGCCACCAAAAACGUGGAGCAGGACUACUGAGUGGAGGAGAAGAAAGGCAGCUGAAGAUGUGGCAAAGCAAUAUCAUGGCAUCCUAGUCUCUUCAUUUGUUGAUUUUGAAUUUUAAAGUCAGAGCUAAUGACACUGGCUGAAAUUAA